UCCCGUGUUUGCGCUGUGGCCAUGGGGCUGUGGAAGUUAGUGCGGGGUGUCAGGCAACUCGAGCUCCACCGCCUUAUCCUGGUGCUCAUCGUAUUUUGCCUGCUCUCCAUGGCUUUCCUGGCAUACUUUGUCAGCAACAGCCCUAAAAUAAAGGAGGCGCCCCCUAUGCCUUUCAGUGACUGUGGUGGGGUUGUCGCGGCCGCAGCAGGAGGGCAACGGGCUCCUCUUUUCCUGCCCCCUUUCACAGUCCGGCAGAGGACGGUUAAAGCAGUGGAUAACUCUCGAACAGAGCCUGUGGUGCUGGUCUUUGUAGAAAGCAUCUACUCUCAGCUAGGACAAGAGAUUGUGGCUAUCCUUGAGUCCAGUCGCUUCCGUUACCACACUGAGAUUGCACCCAGCAAGGGGGACAUGCCUACGUUGAUGGAACGUGAUGUCGGCCGCUACGCCCUGGUCAUUUAUGAGAACAUUCUCAAGUAUGUCAACUUGGAUGCUUGGAACCGUGACCUGCUGGAUAAAUAUUGUACUGAAUUUGGUGUAGGCAUCAUCGGCUUCUUUAAAGCCAAUGAGAACUCGCUGCUUAGUGCCCAGCUGAAGGGCUUCCCACUGUUCCUGCACUCUAACCUGGGCCUACGGGACUACCACAUCAACCCUGCUGCCCCAUUACUGUACAUCACCAAACCCAAUGAGGUGGAGCAGGGGCCACUCCCUGGCGAUGACUGGACAGUCUUUCAGUCUAACCAUAGCACCUACGAGCCCGUGCUCCUGGCUCUCACAAAAUCCUCAGAGGCACUGGCCCAUUUGGGGCCCCACCGAGCCCUUCAUGCCACUGUAGUUCAGGACCUUGGCCUUCACGACGGCAUUCAAAGGGUGCUGUUUGGUAACAAUAUAUCGUUUUGGCUGCACAAGUUGAUUUUUGUGGAUGCCAUAGCCUAUCUGACAGGGAAAAGACUCUGCCUGUCCUUGGAGAGGCAUCUGCUGGUUGACGUGGAUGAUAUAUUUGUGGGAAAGGAGGGUACACGUAUGAAGGUGACAGAUGUGAAGGCUUUGCUCAACACACAGAAUAAACUGCAGACACUAGUUCCCAACUUCACCUUCAAUCUUGGCUUCUCCGGGAAGUUCUACCAUGCAGGUACAGAGGAGGAGGAUGAAGGCGACGACAUGCUGUUGCAGCACCGGCAUGAAUUCUGGUGGUUUCCACACAUGUGGAGUCACAUGCAACCACACCUUUUCCACAAUGUGAGCGUGUUGGCAGAGCAGAUGAGACUCAACAUGCAGUUUGCACAGUGUCCCCACCCGCAGAUCAGCAUUUUCAUGACACACCUGUCUAACUAUGGAAAUGAUCGGCUCGGCCUCUACACCUUUGAGUCUCUGGUGAAGUUUGUACAGUGCUGGACCAACCUACAGCUACAGACUCUACCUCCUAUGGAACUAGCCGAGAAAUACUUCCAGAUCUUUCCAGAAGAGAUGGACCCCCUAUGGCAGAACCCCUGUCAUGACAAGAGACAUAAAGACAUCUGGUCCAAAGAGAAGACCUGUGAUAGGCUACCCAAAUUUCUGGUUAUUGGCCCACAGAAAACAGGUACCUCAGCUUUGCACUCCUUCCUGACCCUUCACCCCGCCAUCACCAGCAACUUCCCCAGCCCAGUCACCUUUGAGGAGAUCCAGUUCUUUAACGGGCCAAAUUACCACAACGGCAUUGACUGGUACAUGGACUUCUUUCCCUUCCCCUCGAACGUCAGCACAGACUUCAUGUUUGAGAAAAGUGCCAACUACUUUGAUACAGAGGUGGUUCCAAAGAGAGCUGCCGCCUUACUGCCCAGAGCCAAGAUCUUAGCAUUGCUUAUCAACCCAGUCGACAGAGCCUACUCUUGGUAUCAGCACCAGCGAGCACACCAGGACCCUGUUGCCAUUAACCACACCUUCCACGAGGUUGUAACAGCAGGUCUGUCUGCAUCUAAAGAGCUGUUGACUCUUCAGAACCGCAGCCUUAAGCCUGGGACUUACGCCACACAUCUAGAGCACUGGCUUGUGCACUACCAGGCCAGACAGCUCCAUAUUGUAGAUGGUACCCUGCUCCGAUCUAACCCAGCCCUGGUGAUGGACGGCAUCCAGCAGUUCCUGGGGGUCACACCCAUCUUCAAUUACACCCAGGCUCUCGUCUUUGAUGAGGGUAAAGGAUUCUGGUGUCAGAGGUUGGAAGGUGGGCGUCCUAAGUGUCUGGGGAAGAGUAAAGGCAGAAAAUAUCCAGAAAUGGCCCCCGAGACACGUGCCUUCCUGACGGAGUACUACCUGGAGCAUAACCUGGAAUUGUUUCGGCUGCUGAAUCGACUGGGUCAGGCGUUACCCACCUGGCUCAGAGAAGAGCUCCAGAGCACCAGCUGGAGCUGAGAGGACAUCUCCUGCACCUCCAGUAUCAGAACACCUAAAAAACAGUGUCCGCUCACUACAGAGGUACCAAAACCACUCGGUUCAUAACUAUAGUAGCAGAUGAAAUGACUGACGGCUUUGAAAUGGACUGCAAACCUCAGCCUCUCUCUGCUGCCAAGGUGCUCACUGUCUGAGAUGUUGAAGAUGAGGGAAUGCUGGGAAAUGUAGUCCCUCCUUUUACCUUAAUGACAGACCUGCCUGUCAGGCCCAGAACGCACUACCGAUGUGGACAAGCAUGAAUUUAUUGGUGACUUAAGUGUGUGAAUACACACUAGUACUCGUACAAUAAACACACACAGUCUAGCCUUGAUCAUCUCGUCUGAGGAAUGAUUGUAAAACAUUGUACAUUUAAAAGCGUUGUAUAUUUUGGGUCCGGGUGGGUGGGAUUGUGACGGUUGAACCUGACAGCAUUUGUGUACAGCCAGAGCUCUGUUUGGAUGGGACGCCUAUAGGAUGUCAGAUCUACAGCCCUUCUCUUCCCCACGCGCACAAACGCACAAAGCUGGAUCAGAAACCAAACGGUAAGAAAGUAUAUGCAAUCGAGGGAGCAUCUGUUCAAUGUCUCGAGUCCAGUGGAAAGCUUUUAUUUCAAGUGUCUUAUCAGGUGUAUCUCCGUAUUUAUCUUAUCCAUGCACUUUCCUCUACACUACGCACACUGAAGUGUGGAAGUUACUGUAGACGCUGUGGCAGAUGUGUUGCAUGUCAGGAGCUGUGAAAGCGGGAGAGGAGAAGGGCUGUGCUGUGAUUUGAUUUGUGGUCUGUCCUACACAAGGAGGAGCUGCUGUCUUUUUUUCUUUUGUAAAAAAAUGUAUUUUA